AUGUCGACCUCUAUUACGGAUUUGGUUGAUCUCAACCAGCAGAGCCUCCUCAUCGCCGCUGCCUCGAUUGCGUUUAAUCCCUUGUUCUGGAACAUUGUCGCCCAAUACCACAACAAGCUCCUCACCAACAUCUUUGGCGGCAACUCAAGACUCGCCUGCUACUUCUUGGCCAUCGUCAUCUUCUCGCUCGGCAUCUUCCGCGACCACCUGUUCAAGGAGGCCCUAGCUGACCAGCCCAAGCACCCGGCUCUCGAGUCCGACAAUGUCAAGCUCGCCGCUUACGCCCUCUUCGGCGUCGGCAACGUCCUCGUCGUCACCUCGAUGUGGGCGCUCGGCGUCACCGGCACCUACCUGGGCGACUACUUUGGCAUCCUCAUGGACGAGAUGGUGACGGGUUUCCCUUUCAAUGUCACCGACGCGCCCAUGUACUACGGCUCCACCCUGAGCUUCCUCGGCGCCACCCUCUACUAUGGAAAGCCUGCCGGCUUCUUCCUCACCGCGUGGAUCUUCAUCGUCUACAAGAUUGCCCUCAGCUACGAGAACCCCUUCACCGCUGGCAUCUACGCGAGGAAGGAGGCCGCCGAGAAGAAGAGCGGCAAGAAGGCCCAGUAA